UCGAUUGUGAGGAGCCAAGCAUCCUCCCUCCCCUCUGAUUGAAUUCCUUGUAAGUAAGGCUCACUCGCUCUCUGAGGAUCAGACCUCACUGAUGACUGGGAAGCAAAGAGUACCCAGGAAAGCACUUUUACCACGGACUCCACCUCAGGAGCAUCAGGAACUCAUCUUCUAAAUAAAAUCUGUGCCCCUUCUGUGCAGACCCCGAUGUCUGCUGCAAUGGAUACAGAAUCGACAUAUUCGGGAUACUCCCACUACUCAGGUCACUCCAAAAAAGCCCACAGACAAGGGAGUCGGGACAGGCACAAAUCGCCACGAAGCAAAGAUGGCAGUCGGUCUGAGAAGUCCGUCACUAUCCAGACACCUCCUGCGGAGCCGCUGCUUGGGAACGAUGCCUCUCGGGCAGAGGAGGGCCAGGAUGACAACUGGGGUGAGACCACAACAGCAAUCACAGGCACCUCUGAGCACAGUAUUUCCCAGGAGGACAUUGCCCGGAUCAGUAAGGAUCUGGAGGACAGCGUUGGGUUGGACUGCAAACGUUACCUGGGCUUAACAGUGGCAGCUGUUCUCGGACUUCUUGUCUUCCUUACCCCCAUCGCCUUCAUUCUGUUACCCCAGAUCUUGUGGCGGGAUCAUCUGGAGCCGUGUGGUACUGUCUGUGAGGGACUGUUCAUCUCUGUGGCAUUUAAACUCCUCAUUCUUCUGAUUGGGACCUGGGCUCUGUUUUUCCGCCAGCCCAAGGCAGAUAUACCAAGGGUGUUUGUGUUUCGAGCCCUUCUGUUGGUCCUCAUAUUCCUGUUUGUGUUUUCCUACUGGCUCUUUUACGGCGUUCGCAUCUUGGACUCGAAGGACACCAACUACCAAGGAAUAGUGCAGUAUGCCGUGUCUCUGGUGGAUGCCCUACUCUUCAUUCACUACCUGGCCAUUGUGCUGCUGGAACUGCGGCAGCUGCAGCCCAUGUUCACUGUCAAGGUAGUUCGGUCAACGGAUGGAGAGUCGCGAUACUACAGCUUGGGGCACUUGAG